AUGGUGCGCCUUGUGCCAUGGGUGCCGCUGUGCCUGACGCACCUGGCUCUAGCCGCUGCAAAUGCAAAUGGUAAUCUUUGCUCGGAUGCCCUUGGCGGUGGUGUGUCGUUUCUACAGGCAUCAAAGAAGCUCUGGGUACCACCUGCUGCGGCUCCUGAAGCUGCUUCUUCCUUGAACAUCUCCAGCCAGUCCAGUGACGGCAACGCCACCAACAUAUCAGUCGACAUCACUGAUGCCGUCAACUUCUCGGAGAUCGCGGAUUAUGGCGGUGAAGUGCAGGAUGAGAGCGACACUCCCAGCACUCCCUAUGCUGAUACGAACAGCACAGAGCCCACAAUUCCCCUUAUCGAGCCAAUUCAAAAAGCAGUGCCGUUGCCCGAGCUGGAUGCUGAGAAUCUGACUGGGGAUCUGCGCGACUGCAUCAUGGGCUUCUGGAGUGAGUGGAGUGAGUGCCAAAAAGGAACGAACGGCUUCAAAGGACCGCACCAGAUCCGGCAGCGUGAGAUCAUCCAACCGUGGAUGCCCAACGGCCAACCCUGUGGUGCACAAUCGGAGGCCAGAGAAUGCUUCGAGGAACAUCAUCCGUGA